GGAAUGCGGGGCGGCAAAAUCACGUCUUUUGGUUAACCAUCAAUGCUUACUGGGAUCGAGUGGGUCCCGAGAUCCACUAGUACUAGUUUCAUCUCUCUACAGCCCCCCUACAGGUCUUCUCCCUAGGAGAAUUGUCUCCUUUGUAGCCUUGGACUGUUCAGAAUGAAGGCCAAGUCGAAGGGCUGUGUAUCCAAAUCAAAGUGUUUACUCUAAGGCAUAAGGUACUACGUUUCCUUGCCGGUUCCUCUGGGUGCCACAUGCGCUAGGUUGGAAAGAGGACUGGGUGAGUUGGGAGGAGGGGAGUUAGACAGAACUAGGGUUCUUUAGGACCCAGAGUAGCGCCUCCAUCAGCUGGCGAGUGCGGCUGCGCGAGCUGGGUGCCAGUGUCCGGAGACCGACCGGGCGGACUGGACGAGGACUGAGCUGCAGCGACAAAGGCAGCACCAACUCCAGCAGCAGCAGCCUAGUCGGCGGCUGCCGCCUCCCGGCUCCUGCGCCGCCCGCAGCUUCACCAGCUUAGGGACUUCCUAGGUGCGGCGCCCCCUACCACCGGCGGGGAUCACUCUGUAGCCGGAGCCACCCCACGCCAAGCCCACCCGUUUGUCUCCUUUGGAGCUGCUUCAGAGGAGCGGGACCUGGAAGGACAGAAACCGAACCUGAGCCCGAGCCCCAAACAGGGACUAAACCCGGGUGCAUAGCCACCUAGCCCAGCUCCGGGAGCUGUCCCUUCAGCACUGUACCUGGCAAAGAGGAGAAGCCGAACCAAAAAAAGAAACGGGGUAGCGAAGCAGAGAAGACAGGUGGAAGAGAAGGGGAAGCAGAAGAAGGAGGAGAAGAGGAGAAGAAGGAGGAAGAGAAAAGAAGGAGAAGAAGAAGAGGCGCAGAGGAGCGCAGAACGCAGAGGCGCACAGCAAGGCGGUAGCGCAGAGAGCAGUUCCCGGGGCCUCACUGUCUACAGGUUCGGGCAAUUCCUCCGAGAAGCAGCACUGGGAGCCGGGUAGGCAAGCGGGCGCGCCGGAAAGGGAGUCCUAGGGAAGGAGCACCGAGCCUGUGGCUCUCUCCGCUCUCUCUCCGCUCCAAGCUGCGUCUCCAGUGGCCCGCUUUUUUCCUCGCCUGUGCCGGGGGCUGGGAGGUUGCUGGUAAUUCUUCCCUCCCCCCUCCCAGAGGGAGGAACCAACGAGCCCCCGCCUUCCAGCCCCUAUCUUCCCAUCCUCUGGAUCCCUGGAUAGCGGCUCGUUCUACCCCAAACGCAGGCGCUUUGCCCUCCUGCUGUCUCCGGGCUCCCGAAGGCUCCUCGAUUUUUACUUGAUUAUUUAUUUAUUUAUUUAUGUAUUUAUUCUCACACUGCCGCUGAGAUGGGAGCACGAGCCCGGCCCCCACCUCCUCCUCCUCCUCUUCCCCCAGCCCGCAGCUGAGCGCCUCCUUCAGCCUCCCUCCCCACCUUCUUCCUCCUCCUCUGUAGCUGGACACCGCUACUGCCUGCACACAUCUGGCAGCAAGCCCCCCCCCCCCCUCCCGCGACCCACACAGCCUCCCCAGGGCUCAUUUAUCGCUUUCCAUCUCGCUCCAAUUGAUAGAGGAAGAGGUUGGAAAGGGGUGGCGGGAGGGGGGAGGGUUUUUGUAUUUGGGGGACUGGGACUGUCAGAGGUGCUAGGGAGCCGGGUCGCCGCCGCAGGGUAGGGGGCGGGGCGGUGAGAAGAGAGAAGGUGUAACUGAGAAGGAGCAGCUCCUCUCCGCCUGCCCUCCUGCCGGUGCUACUCUUCGCUGCGCCCCUUCCCCAGGGGUUUGGGGAGAAAGACACAGUCCCCCACUAUCCACAACAGUACCCAGCCAGCCUCUCCCAUGGGUGCCCUUGACCUGCGACAUGCCUAAGGGGAAGCCGCGAUGGGCCAAGGCGACGACAGCGACCGCAUCGUGAUCAACGUGGGCGGGACGCGGCACCAGACGUACCGCAGCACCCUGCGCACCCUGCCCGGGACCCGGCUCGCUUGGCUGGCCGAGCCCGAUGCCCACAGUCACUUUGACUAUGAUCCGCGCUCAGACGAGUUCUUUUUUGACCGGCACCCGGGCGUAUUUGCGCAUAUCUUGAACUACUACCGGACCGGUAAGCUACACUGUCCAGCAGACGUGUGCGGACCGUUGUACGAGGAAGAGCUGGCUUUUUGGGGCAUCGACGAGACGGACGUGGAGCCCUGUUGCUGGAUGACCUAUAGGCAGCACCGGGACGCCGAAGAAGCACUAGAUAGUUUUGGUGGCGCGCCUCUGGAAAACAGCGCUGAGGAAGCAGAUGGAGAUGGCGCGGGUGACUCGGGAGACGGGGAGGAUGAGCUGGAGAUGACCAAGGGCCUGGCGCUCAGUGACUCACCCGACGGCCGCUCGGGAGGCUUCUGGCGCCGUUGGCAGCCGCGGAUCUGGGCGCUCUUUGAAGACCCCUACUCAUCACGCUACGCGCGGUAUGUGGCUUUUGCCUCCCUCUUCUUCAUUCUGGUCUCCAUCACCACCUUCUGCCUGGAGACCCACGAGAGGUUUAAUCCCAUCGUGAACAAAACCGAAAUUGAAGUCAUUAGGAAUGGUACCCAGGUGCGCUACUACCGGGAGGCAGAGACGGAGGCCUUCCUAACCUACAUCGAAGGGGUCUGCGUGGUCUGGUUCACUUUUGAGUUCCUCAUGCGGAUUGUCUUCUGCCCCAACAAGGUGGAGUUUAUUAAGAAUUCCCUGAACAUCAUCGACUUUGUGGCCAUCCUGCCUUUCUACCUGGAGGUCGGACUCAGUGGCCUGUCUUCCAAAGCUGCCAAGGAUGUCUUGGGCUUUUUGAGAGUGGUCCGGUUCGUGCGUAUCCUGAGAAUUUUCAAGUUGACCCGCCAUUUUGUGGGCUUGCGGGUCUUAGGGCACACCCUUCGUGCCAGCACCAAUGAAUUCUUGCUGCUCAUCAUUUUCCUGGCCUUGGGCGUCUUAAUCUUUGCCACAAUGAUCUACUAUGCUGAGAGGAUAGGUGCUCAACCCAAUGACCCCAGCGCCAGCGAGCACACGCACUUUAAGAACAUCCCUAUCGGCUUCUGGUGGGCGGUGGUCACCAUGACGACACUGGGCUACGGAGACAUGUACCCCCAGACGUGGUCAGGCAUGCUAGUGGGGGCGCUGUGUGCGCUCGCAGGGGUGCUGACCAUCGCCAUGCCCGUGCCUGUCAUCGUGAACAAUUUCGGAAUGUACUAUUCCUUAGCUAUGGCUAAGCAGAAGCUACCAAAGAAAAAAAAGAAACACAUUCCGAGACCGCCGCAGCUGGGAUCCCCCAAUUAUUGUAAAUCUGUCGUAAACUCUCCACACCACAGUACUCAGAGUGACACAUGCCCGCUGGCCCAGGAAGAGAUUUUAGAAAUUAACAGAGCAGAUUCCAAACUGAACGGGGAGGUGGCCAAUGCCGCGCUGGCGAACGAAGACUGCCCCCACAUAGACCAGGCCCUCACGCCCGAUGAGGGCCUGCCCUUUACCCGCUCGGGCACCCGCGAGAGAUACGGACCCUGCUUCCUCUUAUCAACCGGGGAGUACCCGUGCCCGCCUGGUGGAGGAAUGAGAAAGGAUCUUUGCAAAGAAAGCCCUGUCAUUGCUAAGUAUAUGUCAACAGAGGCAGUGAGAGUGACUUGACAAGGCCAGAGGACCGAGGACACUGGUGGCUAAAAAAAACAUCUGGGUGGAUCUGCAGCCCCUCCUCACCCUUGGACAGAGUCAAUCCCGCCACGCAGGUUUGCAGGAUGAGUCCGCGUGGUUUUUUGGGCCUUAUUCUAGGAUGGACAUAGGCUUUCUCUGCAACCCAAUGGUAACAAACUGUAGAAGAUUUUUUCCUUUCUUUUUGUUUUCUUUUUGUUUUUAUUUUUGGGGUGGGGGGGAGGGAGGGUUUCCUUAGCAUGACUUGCAUGAAGUAACCAGAAAAAGAGACAAACCACAACCUACAAUUGUAUGAUUCAUGUAGAAACAAACAAAAAAAAUCAGAAAGAAGCUUCUAGAUUUUUCUUUCAAUGCCCUUUUACUUUUUACAUACAUUGUUGUAGCCAGACUGUGAAGUCUUCACAAACCUGUACGGUUCUUUCUUCUUCUCCUUCUUUUUCUUCUUUUUUUGUUUUUGUUUUGUUUUUGUUUAUUUAUUUAUUUAUUUUUUUGGUACACAAGAUACAGAGUAAUGGUUUAAAAAAAAAGGCAAUCGGCCUGUCAUCGGUCAUAUUGACCAUGCCUUCAUAGUUCAUCUCUCCUAUGGAAACCCACCGAGAACUUUGAUCCAAUUAGAAUUAUGAGAAUACAUCACCUCUCUGUUUUCCUCCGCAUGUGUGUGACCCAUGGACCUCUCUCCCAAGACCCAUGAUGACUUUUCAUAGUCUAGAUCAAUUUCCCAGCUCUGGUUUCUGUUGUAUUCCAUUGGUGUAGAGAUCCAGCGUGAGUGCCCUUCGUGGCCAAUUGUUCCUAAAGAGUAGAGUCUGGAUUCUCCAAGCGUUACUUUUCCAACGGGACUCAGAGAACCCAAAGAUCAGGAGACCACUCAAAGAUCAGGAGACCACUGGAGAGAAACUUGCCUCCAGAUUGAUUAAAAGACAACCAGCAUUGUAUGCAGUUAGCAUUUCACAGUAAAGAUGCAUGCCCCAUGUUAUGCAAAACAACUCUAGCAUGAAAUAAAAUUUGUCUCAUGGUUUCCGUGCCUGCUGUAUAGUCUAAAGCAGAUUUGUUUCUUGAAGCAAUCAGAGGUUUGCAGAGACACACUUCUGAAUUUCAAAUAAAUAUAUUUUCCCAUUAGAAAUAGGACAGUACCUUGACUUUGGUCUGAUUCCAACAUGGGGGGGGAGGGGAAAGAAAUGAUAUUUUUGGAAAAAAUGCUAUAGUUUUUAAAAAAUGCAACAUCUUGAGCUUUCAUGAGCAGUGACCAGCAUUUCCUGCAAAGACAGAAAUGACCCUUUCUCUCAAUAUUCUCACCCCAUCUCCUCAAUAAUAAAAAGUUGACUUUUGAGUUGA